CCACAGACUUAGCGAGUGUGUCGUGCGAUGAAUAGUUUUAGUCCGAACGCCGACGAGUGACGCAUGUUUACGAGCCUACUGUACUGACUCGACUCGAACCGCGAUCGAUCGUGGACCGCUGUAAACGUCACUUCGUUUCGUUCGUUAGUCGCGAGUUUCGCACUCAUGUUGGAGAGUUGUGUUGUUUGUUUAUCAGUCCGUUAACGUUUGACCAGUGAGAGUGAGAACAGUUUUUAAAACCUAGUCAUAAACAAUCAAUUUGAUGUGGUCGUGUUCCUUACCUUGUUGGAAUACAAAAAAAUCUGGAUUACAAAUGGAUAUUACCAAAGUGGCAUCCAAUGGCUCCUCCUCAACAUUAACGCUAUUCAAGAGCGGAUCGCUUGAGGCUAAAAUUCGACCUCUCGCGCCACUAAUGCUGCCGACGCCAAGUUACGACUCCAACGCCGGCUCUCCAUCUUUGUCACCAUCCACGCCUUGUUCUUCAUCUUCUUUCUCCAUUGAUAAAACCGACAACCACGACACCUUCGGCUUCAGUGCGGACACAGUUGAUAUGAGAAAAGAGGAUGAACGUAUGAAAACAUUUGAAAAAUGGCCCGUCAGUUUUCUAUCCGGAGAGCAACUUGCUCGAAAUGGAUUUUACUACCUCGGCCGUGGAGAUGAAGUCCGUUGCGCUUUCUGUAAAGUGGAGAUUAUGAGGUGGGUGGAGGGCGAUGACCCUGCGAAGGACCAUCAGCGUUGGGCGCCACAGUGCCCAUUUGUGCGCAAGUUGAACGGUACUGCAGCAGCAGACACGGGUAGUUCGGGCCAGGACGAGUGUGGUGCCCGCGCCGCUCCCUCCGGUACCUCUCCGCCGCGUAUGGCCGGUCCCGUGCACCCACGAUAUGCAUCUGAAGCCGCACGACUACGCAGUUUUAAAGACUGGCCACGAUGCAUGCGACAAAAACCUGAAGAACUCGCCGAGGCUGGCUUUUUUUACACUGGUCAGGGAGACAAAACCAAGUGUUUUUAUUGCGAUGGUGGAUUAAAAGAUUGGGAGAACCAUGACGUACCCUGGGAACAACACGCAAGGUGGUUUGACCGUUGCGCCUACGUGCAAUUGGUGAAGGGUCGAGAAUACGUUCAAAAGGUGAUUUCUGAAGCUUGUGAGGUUUCCGCGUCAGAAGCGGAACGUGAUGUAGCACCCGCACGGACUGCCGAGCCAAGCCCGCCAGCAGAGGCGCCAGAAAACUCAGUCGAUGACUCAAAGUUGUGUAAAAUCUGUUAUGCUGAAGAGCGUAACGUGUGCUUCGUGCCGUGCGGCCACGUGGUGGCUUGCGCCAAGUGCGCGCUGGCGGCCGACAAGUGCCCCAUGUGCCGCAGGACGUUUCAAAAUGCAGUGCGGUUAUAUUUCUCGUGAGAAGAGCCACCAAUUUGCAGGCUCAAUUCUAGUCUUAAGGGACGACCGGACAGAGCUGUGUGCUGAAACCAUGAGCUCGUAUGUCACGUUUCCACAGGCGGAGAAACCUAUUAAAACUUAUUGUUUGAUGGUUUCGAUAGGAACUCGCUCGCUAGUGUAGCAAAAGACGAAAUUGAAAGGUUCCUCAGGAGUAAGACAGAUAUACUUAGUUAUAGUGAAUUAUAAAAUACUUAGCAUACAUAAGUUUAUAUAUUGAUGACGCUUAUUACUUUAAUUACACGUUCCAAUUUGACGUGUUAUUACAAUUAUUUAUUUUACACAGAUGUAACGAAAACUUUGUGUGAGAUGUAACAUUUACACCGAUAGAAUUUCAAAAGUCGUAUUUGUGAUAAUUCGAUAUAACGGCAAUGACCAAUUUACCCAUUCUUAGCAAUAAAAUGGGAAUUACAUUAUUUCUGACUGUGGAAGCGUGACCUUACUGAGGUCGCCCUUGUGAUCUAUAAAUUAUAAACGGUGGGGCAAUGUUAACACUCCGCGUGAAAUAGUAAUAAGACAAUUUAUAAUUUUUGAUGUUAACAUUAUUUUAAAUUAUUUAUAUAUAUACCGGUCGCGCACGUUUUGGAAAUAUUAUAUGAAUGUCAAAUAUGUAAGUGCAACACAAUAAAUCUAAAUCAGUUGCAUCAUUGUUUUCUUGGUUUACUAAAUUCUAUAAGACUAAACUUGGUUUUAAAGGCUAGUCUGAGUAAUUAAGUGUAUUAGAUACAAAUGAAAAAGUGGAUAAUAUUUUAAUUGUAAUACAAACUAUUUAAUUCUUUUUUUUUUUCAAAGAAUUCAGUAAUGUGUCCCUGUAAAUAAUGUAAUGUAAAUAUGUAGCUUAUCUUUUUGUCCCACCGACAAAAAUGUACAUAAGUGUUAAAACGUUAUCAGCGCAAAUAAUGAAACAGGAAAAACUGCAUUUGACCUAAAAUAACUUAAACAUGUAUUGUUUGUGCUGAGCAAAUGUUAAACAGAGUAAAUAUUUCUCAAUAAUUUAAAUUAAAGUUUUUAAAACAAGGAUUCUAUUGACACAGUACAGAAUGUAACAAUAUAACUAAUGAAAGCAUUUCAUAGACACUUCUUUGUGAAACGUCGUGCGAAGCAUAGAUACUAAGUUGCAUUUAAAUUGUUCUUCUCGUAGCAAACCUCUGAAUAAUGUUUGGUGACAUGUAAUAUAAAAGUUAGCUUAUUUAACAAAAUACAUUAAAAUGUUUUUCAUAGUUUAUAUGUAAUAUGAUUUAUGUGUGGAUUCUCGAAAAUUCGUCAAUAUCAUAUUAUUACAAUACAUGCCACUGGAAUAUAUCGUUUUUGACAUUUAACAUUAAUGCAUAAUUGCAAAAGAGAAUUCAUAAGCCUCAUUUAAUUUGUUUUUCAAAUGUGAUGAUUACUAUUUCAUUAUUAAUUAAAAAAUUGUUAAAUCAUA